UGGGCCGGGAGCGGCGCUCGGGCGGGGCGCGGGCCGGCGGCGGGGAGGCGCCCGCGUCCAAGGCCCGGGCCGGGCCUGAGCACCGCGCCAUGGCGGAGACCAAGAUCAUCUAUCACAUGGACGAGGAGGAGACGCCGUACCUGGUCAAGCUGCCCGUGGCGCCCGAGCGCGUCACGCUGGCCGACUUCAAGAACGUGCUCAGCAACCGGCCCGUGCACGCCUACAAAUUCUUUUUCAAGUCCAUGGACCAGGACUUCGGGGUUGUGAAGGAGGAGAUCUCCGACGAUAAUGCUAGGCUGCCCUGCUUCAACGGCCGCGUGGUCUCCUGGCUGGUCCUGGCUGAGGGCACACACUCGGAUGCAGGGUCUCAGGGCACUGACGGCCAUGCAGACCUGCCCCCGCCUCUCGAGCGGACAGGCGGCAUCGGGGACUCCCGGCCCCCCUCCUUCCACCCGAACGUGGCCGGCAGCCGAGACGGGAUGGACAACGAGACCGGCACGGAGUCCCUGGUCAGCCACCGGCGGGAGCGAGCCCGACGCCGGAACCGCGAGGAGGGUGCUCGAGGCUGCAGGGCUGCCCGUGACCUCCAGGGGACCCCACGGCCAGCCCCCCUCCCUGCUGCCCCCACAGCCACCCGGACCAACGGGCACCCGAGGGGUGACCGGCGGCGGGACCUGGGGCUGCCCCCCGACAGCGCGUCCACCGUGCUGAGCAGUGAACUUGAGUCCAGCAGCUUCAUCGACUCGGAGGAGGACGAAAACACCAGCCGGCUGAGCAGCUCCACGGAGCAGAGCACCUCCUCCCGGCUCAUCCGGAAGCACAAGCGCCGGCGGCGGAAGCAGCGCCUGCGGCAGACAGACCGGGCCUCCUCCUUCAGCAGCAUCACGGACUCCACCAUGUCCCUGAAUAUCGUCACCGUCACGCUCAACAUGGAGAGGCACCACUUCCUGGGCAUCAGCAUCGUGGGCCAGAGCAACGACCGGGGCGACGGCGGCAUCUACAUCGGCUCCAUCAUGAAGGGCGGCGCCGUGGCCGCCGACGGCCGCAUCGAGCCGGGUGACAUGCUGCUGCAGGUGAACGACGUCAACUUUGAGAACAUGAGCAACGACGACGCGGUGCGGGUCCUGCGGGAGAUCGUGUCCCAGACAGGGCCCAUCAGUCUCACUGUGGCCAAGUGCUGGGACCCGACGCCCCGGAGCUACUUCACCAUCCCGAGGGCUGACCCCGUUCGGCCCAUCGACCCGGCCGCCUGGCUGUCGCACACGGCGGCGCUGACCGGAGCCCUGCCCCGCUACGGUACGAGCCCCUGCUCCAGCGCCAUCACGCGCACCAGCUCCUCCUCACUAACCAGCUCGGUGCCCGGCGCUCCGCAGCUAGAGGAGGUGCCGCUGACGGUGAAGAGUGACAUGGGCGCUGUCGUCCGGGUCAUGCAGCUGCCGGACUCAGGCCUGGAGAUCCGCGACCGCAUGUGGCUCAAGAUCACCAUCGCCAACGCCGUCAUCGGGGCGGACGUGGUGGACUGGCUGUACACGCACCUGGAGGGCUUCCGUGAGCGGCGGGAGGCGCGCAAGUACGCCAGCAGCAUGCUGAAGCGCGGCUUCCUGCGGCACACGGUGAACAAGAUCACCUUCUCCGAGCAGUGCUACUACGUCUUCGGGGACCUGUGCAGCAAUUUCGCGGCCCUGAACCUCAACAGCGGCUCCAGCGGGGCCUCGGAUCAGGACACGCUGGCCCCGCUGCCCCACCCGGCCGCCCCCUGGCCCCUGGGGCAGGGCUACCCCUACCAGUACCCGGGGCCCCCGCCCUGCUUCCCGCCCGCGUACCAGGACCCUGGUUUCGGCUACGGCAGCGGCAGCGCUGGCAGUCAGCAGAGCGAAGGAAGCAAAAGCAGUGGGUCCACCCGGAGCGCUGGCGGGAGCAGCCGUCGGGCCCUGGGGCGCGAGAAGGAGAGCCGGUCGGCUGGAGCUGGGGGCAGUGGCAGCGAGUCGGACCACACAGUGCCAAGCGGGGUGGGCAGCGGCGGCUGGCGGGAGCGUCCUGCUAGCCAGCUCAGCCGUGGCAGCAGCCCGCGCAGCCAGGCCUCGGCCGCCGCCCCAGGACUCCCCCCGCUGCACCCCCUGACAAAGGCGUACUCGGUGGUGGGCGGGCCGCCUGGGGGGCCGCCUGUCCGGGAGCUGGCCGCUGUCCCCCCAGAGCUGACAGGCAGCCGCCAGUCCUUCCAGAAGGCCAUGGGGAACCCCUGUGAGUUCUUUGUCGAUAUCAUGUGACCAAGGGGAGAGUACGUCCAGCCUGGCCGUGGGGCAGCCAGUGGUCCUGCUGCCCCUGCAGGAGGGCGUUGCACCUGGAGCUUGUGUGGCCUUCGCGGCCUUCUGGGCCAGGCCAGCCUGUGCUUCGUGCCGUGGGGUCUGGGCCUGGCCAGAGUGGCAGCAGGCUAGAGGGGAGGGGCUGAGGGCAGCCCAGGCCACCGUAACCUGGAUGGCAGCCCGUCCACUGCUGGCCAGAGCAGCUGAGUCUGUGCAGACCCUGGUGGGGGGCCUCCAUCUCCCUGUGCUCAGGCAGGUCUGACCUGCCCCCCUUGGCGUGUGCCUCAGGGACCCGCACUCGCCCACAGUGCUGUGCACAGGGCCUCAGGUUAAGCUGAGAGGUGGCCGCUAGGCCUGGGCCCCCCUCUUCACCCGGUUCACAGGCCCCACCCCGCAUCCUGCCCAGGCCGGGGUGGGGGGCCCUCUCGGGGGUAGGGUCCUAGCCCCGAGGCCUCUCUGUGGCUGCCCAGGGUAGGGAUCUAAUUUAUUUAUUUAUUGCCUGGCCUGUGUGCUCCACGGGGUGGCGGCCAAAUCAGCUGUCCCCCACUCCCAGCCACUGGAGCAGAGUUUCACGUGUUCCCCCUCCACCCCGCAGGGACACACGGUGUGUCUGAAGGUGUGCGGGAGGACGGUGAGGGGGAGAUGGCAGGAGACGGAAGGUGAUCCUGAGGGCGAGGGCCACAGAUGCACACAGCUGCUGCCGGGGCGGGGUCUGGGGCAGAGGGCGUGGCCAGCUCGCCCCUCCCCGCCGUCCUGGGGUGGCCGCCCACCCGCGCACGCACACCGCUCCCUGCGUCCAGCGUCGCUGGCCUGCACACGUCUGCGCUGUAGAUGCUGUGCGGAGCCGGAGCGUCGUCCAGAUAGUUAAUAGAGCUGCUUCUGUGUAAAUGCUAUUUUAAACACUAAAAAGCAUUUAAUUUUAUGGGA